CAAGCCACCUCCACGGCCACGAGACGGUCAUCAGCCAUCUCGCCGCCGUUAUUUAAGAGCGGCCGGAGGUGGAAGGGGGAGAUCCGGCGAGCUGCUUCCCCAGUCAGGAACCCCCCUCCGCCGCUCCCGAAUCUAGCUCCGGCGCCGCUACCCCCUCGUUUGCCAGGGAUUGCAUUGAUGUAGGAGGUUAUUGCUUCACCGAGACCAAUCAGAUCCGAAUCUUUCUUGCUGUGUCCAUCGCGCAAGAUCGACCUGCGUUGACCCGUAGGACGCAUUAGGGGGAUAGAGGGGGUGUUUUAGUUGCUAGUAUGGACUCGUGCAGGUGCAACACUACUAGUUCAACAAUCAACAGUGGCACGCUACUGAGUACUUGACUGUUGGAAAAUCCUAUCAAUAGAUUCGACUAUGUUGGUUGAGACUUGUGUUCCGAGAAGAGCAUUGGAAGUUCCCUAAAACGAUUGGGGAAUGGCGCUCAACAAGGAGUACAUGUACGCCGAGCUGGAGAAGGAGCCCUACUGGCCAUUUGAGAAGCUGCGGAUCUCCAUCACAGGCGCCGGUGGGUUCAUCGCCUCCCACAUCGCGAGGCGCCUCAAGAGCGAGGGCCACUACAUCAUCGCCUCUGACUGGAAGAAGAACGAGCACAUGACUGAGGAGAUGUUCUGCCACGAGUUCCACCUCGUGGACCUGAGGGUCAUGGACAACUGCCUCAAAGUGACUACGGGGGUCGACCAUGUGUUCAACCUCGCUGCUGAUAUGGGUGGGAUGGGGUUCAUCCAGUCCAACCACUCUGUGAUCAUGUACAACAAUACCAUGAUCAGCUUUAACAUGCUUGAGGCUGCUAGAAUUAACGGCGUCAAGAGGUUCUUUUAUGCAUCAAGCGCCUGUAUUUAUCCUGAAUUUAAGCAGUUGGAGACUGUAGUUAGCUUAAAGGAGUCAGAUGCCUGGCCUGCAGAGCCUCAAGAUGCCUAUGGCUUGGAGAAACUUGCUACUGAGGAACUUUGCAAGCACUACACAAAGGAUUUUGGCAUUGAGUGCCGGAUCGGUCGCUUUCACAACAUAUAUGGUCCCUUUGGAACAUGGAAAGGUGGAAGGGAGAAGGCACCUGCUGCUUUCUGCAGAAAGGCUUUAACCUCCACAGGGCGCUUUGAGAUGUGGGGAGAUGGUCUGCAAACCAGAUCCUUCACAUUUAUUGAUGAAUGUGUCGAGGGUGUCCUUAGGUUAACAAAGUCUGAUUUCCGUGAGCCUGUAAACAUUGGAAGUGACGAAAUGGUCAGUAUGAAUGAGAUGGCUGAGAUAGUCCUUAGCUUUGAGAACAAGCAGCUGCCCAUCCACCACAUUCCUGGGCCGGAGGGUGUGCGUGGGCGCAACUCAGACAACACACUCAUCAAGGAGAAGCUAGGCUGGGCUCCGACCAUGGAGCUGAAGGAUGGACUGAGGAUAACAUACUUCUGGAUCAAGGAGCAGCUUGAGAGGGAGAAGGCUGAGGGCAUGGACCUAUCGGUCUACGGAUCAUCCAAGGUCGUGCAGACUCAGGCCCCUGUUCAGCUUGGUUCCCUCCGCGCUGCCGAUGGUAAGGAGUGACCCCACUGUGACGCCAGUCAGUCACUUGAGGCCUCAGCUCAGAGCAUAAUAUACCAAGUAUACCUGGUUGUUGCAGUUGCCAGUUGCCAUGAUUCUUGUCGCCACCUACACCAUUUCUUGAUUCACUUCCCACUCUACAUGGGGACUGUUUGGAUGAAGGAUAUUUUAUCGGAAAGUUAUGGGAUUUAGUCCAAAUUUGGAGAAAUACAAAACAUUCUGAUAAAAUAUUCUGUCCAAACACUUAUAGUAAUUUCCAUGUUUUUUUUUCUCCUCUUUGUGUCUUUCAAAUGAUAGGAUAUUACAGGGACAACACAUAUGUAAACCAGUGUCAGUUUAUUUAUUUCACAAUAGCAAUGAAUAAAAUAAGGUUGAGCAUUUCCAUUUGAUCA